UGCUAUUACUCUCACUUAAACCCCAAACACUAUGAAUUAUAUUCUUGUGUUUCUUGCAUUGUCUUCCCCGUUUUUUUCUUUUGCUAAAGAGGCAAGAAUAAUCGGGGGAAGUACAGCUCGCGCCGGCCAGUUUCCUUGGCAAGCGGCAAUUUAUCUGGACAACAUUUCAGGAAAAUAUUUUUGUGGUGGGGCUUUGAUCACAAAUCGGUGGAUUUUAACAGCAGCUCAUUGUGUCUUUGGGGGAAAGUUAUUUACAAUUCAUUUAGGGUCAAACACGCUGUUUUCGCAAGACGAAAAUCGCGUCAUUUUGUCCAGUUCUAAAUACGUUGUACAUCCGGAAUAUGAUCAAAAUACACUCGAAAAUGAUGUUGGGCUCAUCCAACUCCAUAUGCCUGUCACGUUCAACGAAUAUAUUCAAAAAAUUAAUAUUGCAAAUAUGGGCCAAAUUCACGACGGAGUUGUCGUAACAGCCGCCGGUUGGGGGCAAACCAGCGACAGUUCCGCCGGUAUGAGCAAUAACUUAAUUUACUCUCAAUUAUCCAUAAUUUCGAACGCCGAAUGUCAAAUCACCUACGGAAGUCAAAUCAAAUCAGGCAUGAUUUGCGCUGUUGGCAACUACAACGAAGGCAUUUGCAUCGGUGACACUGGAAGUCCAUUGGUGAAACCAGACGUCAAGGGAAACCCUCUUCACGUUGGAAUUGCAAGUUUCAUGAGUCAAAACGGGUGCGAAAGCACAGAUCCUUCGGGAUUUAUUCGAACUGAUGUUUAUCAUAAAUGGAUUUCAAACGUGACAAAAUUAAUAAAUACUAGUUCCGAUGAUAAUUCGGAUUGUGAAAUACCAGUCAUGAAUUUCUACGUUUUUGUGCUGUGCACACUUUUCGCCUUGUGUUAUUCCAAACCCAACAAUGGAGUUCGGAUAAUCGGGGGAAAAGUGGCCCGAGUUGGAGAAUUCCCCUGGCAAGCGGCCAUUUAUGUGGACACUGCUGAAGGCAAAUUCUUCUGUGGUGGUUCUCUAAUCAACAAUCAGUGGAUCCUCACUGCUGGUCAUUGCAUUUAUAAUGCAAAACUUUUUACAAUUCAUUUGGGUUCAAUCACUCUGCAAGCCGGGGACCCCAAUCGCGUAGUCCUCUCAACUUCAACUUCAGUCAUUUUCCCAGAAUUUGACCCACUGUCUUUAGAGCACGAUAUUGGGCUUAUUAAACUACACAUGAAAGUUGAACUUUCUGAUUAUAUCCAACCAAUUGAGUUGGCCGAUAUUGGGGCAAUUUCCGAAGGCAGUGCUGCCAUCGUCUCAGGAUGGGGCCAAACAGCUGACGCAACAAGUGGUUUGUCUAACAACUUACAAUACACAAAUGUCGUAAUUAUAUCAAACACUGAGUGCAAACUCACCUACGGUGACCAAAUCCAAGACACGAUGAUUUGUACUGCUGGAAAUUAUAAUGAAGGAAUCUGCACUGGUGACACUGGCGGCCCAUUGAUAAGAGCAAAGGGGGGCACAAAUUAUGUCCAAGUUGCCGUUGCUGGCUUUUUCAGUCAAAAUGGUUGCGAACAGUUGCACCCUUCAGGCUACAUCAGGACGGAUUUGUACAAAGCUUGGAUUCAGAAUGUAACAGAAACGAUGUAGAAAUUAUAUAAUUAAUAAAAUAUUUAAAAAUGCGUAA